AUGCUCUCGAGAGAGAACUUGGAGGGUCUACGGAGAAGGAUCGCCACGCAGGUGGAGGACGUCCAUGGCGUUCUUCAGAAGCUGAAGGUCAGAGCUCAUCGGAGAUGCCCUCUUCCUUCCUUCCUUCCUUCCUUCCUUCCUUCCUUCUCCGUCGUUUGGAAGGGUUUAAUCUCCUGUGUUUCUUUCUUCCUUCGUUGAUCAUCUCCAGGCGAUCGAGAUACGGGAGAUCACCAGAAGGGCCAUUAAUGGCGGAAAGAAAAAGGUCCCGUGGAGGCAGCGGAGGAUGAAGAAGGAGAAGAUCCCCGUGAAGAGUGGCGUCGUCUCCCAUGGGCACCAUGUUGUGGAGAGGAGUCCCCAUCAGUGCGUGGUGGUUCAGAAGGGGCGAGCAGACCUCUCGGAGCUCUGGUUCUUCGCCGCCUCCGACCAGCACCAGGAAGACGGAGCCCUGAAGCUCCUCCAGGCACACCUCUUCGAGCAGGAGCUCGCUGGGGUGAGAUGGCUGGCGGCGUUUACUUUUUCGGAAGAAAACACCCGAUCUGUGAUAUGAUCAUUGACUUUUCGAAACCCAUUUGCCUCCCUGAAGAUUGGCGGAGCCAGAGAAAUCAAGGAGGCGAUGCGGGAGGUACAUGCGGCGGCGGCGCCGCCGGGAGGCUUGGCGACGGCGGUUCUGUUGGAGGGAGAGGUGCUGGUGGCGGGGGGCUCCGGCGGGUACCGCGCCGUCGUGUCUCGGGGGGGGACGGCCGUCCAGAUCGGCGGCCGCCGCCGGAAAAGGCUCCUCAUCGGCGUACCAGGUGGGAGAGAGAAACUUCCGCCGUCGUCUCAUUUCUUCACGGGCUGCAAACAGGCGCCCUUUUGGGAUCGUCACGAGAUAUCACAGUAGCCGUGGGCGACUGAAUGAAUGAAAUCUGUGUGCAGAGAAGCUCUGCCGGGCCGGCGCCGGCGCCGGCGACUGCGACGACGAGAAGGGAAGGUCUCCGGUGGCUCAGGCGGAGAGGAUGACGUCGGAGACGGAGAUGAUGAUCAUAGCGAGUGGCGGCGUCUGGGAGGUGAAGAUGGGGGAGUGGCGGCUCUGGGUUUCUCCCUCUCCGGAGGGAAGGUGAGAGUUUUGACCUAAAUUAUGGGAUUGGUUGCAGGUGAUGGGGAAUCAGGAAGCUGUGGAUCUGAUAAGCCACGUGGAGGACGCCCAGGAGGCGGCGAGGCGCUUGGCCGACGAAGCUCUGGCCAGGAUGACGAAAUCUCCCGUCGCAUGCAUCGUCGUUCGCUUUGAGUAG